UAACGCAAGAAGAUCAUGAUUUUGACAGAGCCAGACUCAACAAAUUUUUUAAAUGAAAAAAAUAGUAACACUGAUGGAAUUACUGGGAGUGAUACAAAAUCUGAACCAAUUCCCUGUGGAAAAAAUAAAGAAGUACAUGUGAAGAUCCAAUACUCUACCAGCAUCGUGGAAAAUGAGUACAUAGUGGCCUUUAAGGGAUACUACAGGAAAGAGGCUCGUGAGCGUUUCAUUGAGGCAGCCUUGAACGAGUCCAAUGUGGUUCGAUGGGAGGUGAUGCCACGCAACAACCCAGCGAGCGACUACCCUAGUGACUUCGAUGUGGUUCAGAUUCAAGAGGUUCACAAAAAUGUAGGGCUGGAUGCAUUAAAGGACCAUCCAGCAGUUAAGAGAGUGACUGCCCAACGCAUGGUUAUACGUCAUCUCCAUUUUGUUAAUGACACUGAAGAUGAAUCAGAAUCGGACAUUUGGGAUGGACAAAUGUUUGCUAAUGUUUCAAAUGCUGGGGAUGGAAAUGUAAUUUUCAAUAUAAGUGACUCUGAUGAAAUGACCUUAGAAGCAGAGUCUUCCUUAAAUAGUAUGGAAGUACAGAGUGAUUUGGAAUAUGACAAUGUGUUGCCUGAGAGCAGUGAUGACAAUACAAAACCUGAAUCCAAAAAUGGUGAUGAGCCUUGCAAUGGAAAAGAGUGCAGUGAGGAUGAGACUGAGGACGGCACCUGGCCAGCCUCAAGGCCCCUGCGCCGCUCUUCUUUGACACUGGGCACAGCAUUUUGGCAAACCACUGGGAGACACUCAAGUCGCCGUCUUCUACGUGCCAUCCCCAGACAAAUAACAACCACCUUGCAGGCAGAUGUACUUUGGAGUAUGGGCAUUACAGGUACUGGUGUCAAGGUAGCUGUGUUUGAUACUGGGCUUUCUAAAUCCCAUCCUCACUUCAAGCGCAUCAAGGAGAGAACCAACUGGACAAAUGAGAAGACUCUGGAUGACGGCUUAGGCCAUGGCACCUUUGUGGCUGGGGUGAUUGCCUCCAGUGGGAAAACAUGUUUAGGGUUUGCCCCUGAUGCUGAGCUGCACAUAUAUAGAGUAUUCACCAACAAUCAGGUUUCUUACACAUCUUGGUUUUUAGAUGCUUUCAACUAUGCAAUUCUUAAGAAGGUGGAUGUGUUGAACCUAAGUAUCGGUGGACCUGAUUUUAUGGAUCAUCCUUUUGUUGACAAAGUAUGGGAAUUGACAGCAAAUAGAGUCAUCAUGGUGUCUGCCAUUGGCAAUGAUGGACCACUUUAUGGAACUUUGAACAACCCGGCUGAUCAGAUGGAUGUCAUAGGUGUUGGUGGCAUAAAUUUUGAGGAUCAAAUAGCUCGUUUUUCAUCCAGAGGCAUGACGACCUGGGAACUGCCUCAGGGCUAUGGGCGUGUCAAGCCUGACAUUGUGACCUAUGGGUCCCUGGUGCAAGGAUCAAGCAUGGAGGGCAAGUGCCGGCAGCUCUCUGGCACCUCAGUAGCCUCUCCAGUUGUUGCUGGAGCUGUCACUCUCUUAGCCAGUGGAGUGUUGCACCGAGGAGGCAUUAUUAACCCAGCCAGCAUGAAGCAAGCUCUGAUGGCUUCAGCACGCAGGUUGCCAGGAGUAAACAUGUUUGAACAGGGACAUGGCAAGCUUGACCUUGUGAAAGCAUAUCAAGUACUUUCCAAAUAUAAACCUCAGGCUUCUUUAAGUCCCAGCUACAUAGAUCUCACUGAGUGUCAGUACAUGUGGCCAUACUGCACUCAGCCUCUGUACUAUGGUGCCAUGCCUAUCAUAGUUAACGUCACAAUUCUCAAUGGCAUGGGUGUAUCUGGGCGCAUUGUGGAAAAGCCCAUUUGGCAUCCAUACACUCCUCAGUUUGGACAGCAUCUUGAAGUUGCCUUUACCUAUUCAGAGGUAUUAUGGCCAUGGUCAGGUCAUCUUGCUGUGUGGAUCACUGUGGCAGAGAGUGGCAAGGACUGGGAAGGCCAUGCACGUGGGCACAUCUCCAUCACUGUGGAGUCUCCCCCAGAAGAAGGGGAAACACAGCCAAGAAUUUCUCAUGUCAAAUUGCCUGUCAAGGCAAAAAUGAUUCCCACACCACCUAGACACAAACGUGUGUUGUGGGACCAGUUCCACAACCUGCGUUACCCACCUGGAUACUUUCCCAGAGACAACUUGCGCAUGAACAAUGACCCUCUGGACUGGAAUGCAGACCACAUUCAUACAAACUUUAAAGACAUGUACCAGCACUUACGUAAUAGUGGAUACUACGUUGAGGUUUUAGGGUCUCCUUUCACUUGUUUUGAUGCAAGCAAGUAUGGAACACUGAUGAUUGUUGAUCCUGAAGAAGAGUAUUUUCCUGAAGAAGUGACAAAGUUACGACAAGAUGUUGAGAAAGGCUUAUCUAUCAUAGUGUUUGCUGACUGGUACAAUGUUCAUGUUAUGAAGAAAGUGAAGUUCUAUGAUGAAAAUACCAAGCAACUGUGGAUGCCCGUCACAGGGGGCAGCAACAUCCCUGCCCUCAACUAUCUCCUUGGGUUUUGGGGUGUGGCCCUCAGUGAUGGUGUUUAUGAGGGGGACUUCACACUGGGUGACAGGGACAUGUAUUAUGCCACAGGAUCCUCCCUGGCACAGUUUCCACGAGAGGGAACAGUGAUACGCAAAACCCUCAAUGACCAUGCCAAGGAAAUGUUGGAAGCUGAGACUGAGAGUGUUCAAGAUGUUCCCAUCCUCGGUUUGCUGCAGACGGAGGGCAAUAAUCUUGCUGACUCUGUUGACAAGGGUCAGAGCCUCGGCCGUUUAGUGGUGUAUGGGGACUCUAAUUGCUUGGACAACAGUCACCUUCAAAAGGACUGUUUUUGGAUGCUGGAUGCCCUUCUUGAGUACACUACUACAGGCCACUUGGCAGGAGUGUUCAGUUCAAGUGCUGGAGCUCCUAUUCCACCUACUACUGAUUUACCCACAAAAAUGGAAAACAGCAACUUGCACAAACACUCAAAGGUUGUGGAGCACACGCUGGGCAUGGAACAAAUGCGGCCUCUGCCUGAAUGUCCAGUCCUCACGCCGGUCACACCACAGCCACUUAAUGUUUCCAACAAAAACUUGAAUAUCCACGUGGGCCUAAAGUUGCUCUCCCAACCGGAGAUUGUGGCAGCAGUCAAAGUGGCCUCAGUAGAUGUUCAGCCCCUGCCCCUGGACAGUCAUGGAGUUAACCAGGGGGACAUAGCUUCUGGCUCCUCAAACAAAGGGAGUGGCCUCAGCACCCUUGCCUACCCUACUGAGAGGACCCCAGCCUUUGCUAUCCUGUCCGUGGUGAUGGUGGUGCUGAUGGUGUGUUACUGGUACCGGUCCAGACACAGACCCAAAAGGCGACGCAGCAAGCUAAGAAAAGUCUUCAUGGCUGCCAUCAAUGGCCGCCUCCCUUCGGUAUGAUUGCUCCAGAUACAACUCAGGUUUGCUUGAUGAAAUUUUUUUUUGAAAGGUUGAUAAUGUACAAAGUGUGGAGAGUACAUGACAGCUAUGAGCAGCGAAAUAAAUAAUUAAUAAUUUUUUCAUUCCACUUUUGUAAUACUGUACAUGUUUUAAAUUGAAAUUUAUCAGUCAUUCGUUUCAUCUGUGUUACUUAUUGGAAAUACCUCAUGAAUGGUGAACAUACCUGAAAGCAAUUCUUUUUAUCUUUUGUAAAAGAAAAGUUAUUAAAUUUAUUAUUAAUGUUUAAAAAAUUUAUUUUAUUAUGACGAUAAAAUAUGGAUGUCAUCUAAUAUUAACUUUGAGGAAAACUUAGAAAAGCCCAAAUAUUAUGUUACUUAGGCCUUCAUAAAUGAAAAUUACACACACACACACACACACACACACACUGCUCUAGUAACUCGCUGAUUAAAGUUCUGCACUGCCAGGCUUUGCACCCUGACAGGUGUAGGUUUGAGCCCAGCUCGGGCUGGAAUUUUUCUGUUGACAAUGAUAGGUUACUGUUCCCCCUUGAACAAGGGGGAUGGAGUGUGUGGUGUGUGAAGGUCCCGGCAGUACUCAGAGAUCGACAAUAAUGAGCCUUGCUCUUGUCGGGAGGGUACUUGCUGGUGAUGAUGAGUCCAGCUUGUGAUCAGGGCAAUGAGUGAAUUUUAAACACACACACACACACACACACACACACACACACACACACACACACACACACACACACACACACACACACACACACACACACAGAUUCAUAGUGCAGUGGUUAGCACCCUUGCUUCACAACCAAGAGGUUGAAGUUCAUUUCCCAGGCAAAGUUGAGACAGAAGGGCAGUCUCCUUUAAUCCAUGCCCCCUGUCCACCCAGCAGUGAAUGGGUACUGGGUGUCAGUCAGUGGUUGUGUCCCGCCUCCCACGUGUGUGUGGGUGUGAGGUCUCAGCAGUAUCCAAAGACCCAUCACUUGUGAGAUAUGAUCUCAUUUGGGGAGGAUAUUGGCUGGCAAUUGUGAGUCUGUUGCAUGGUCAGACCAUGGUGAAUUACACACGCACAUACAUCUUUCACUUGAUUGUCACUCAUUUCUCUGUUCAUUGGUGUAAUUAUGCAUAAGUAUUUGUGACCUUCAGCAUGAAACUAACCAUUUGACUCAAUAAGUAUCAGUGUUUCCAGAUGAAGGUGUAAAGUGACCUAGAGUUCUGGCCUAGAUGUUUUCUUUUCAAAGAAAGCUGUGGACAAAAUUUCCUUGAUAUUACCCAUAUGACAAUACAUGUUAAAAUUAUAUAAUAGGACCACCAGGGUACUUAAAAACAUGAAAGAAGAACUUCUUAGUAGAUGCCAUGAAAAUAUUAUGAGAGCAUUGUAUCUAGAAAACUCUAACUAUAGUCAGUGUCACGUAACCCGGUGCGAAAAAUCUUUUAGAGCGGGACUCGCAGACUCGGCAUCAAUGUCACUGUGCUGCUCAUUGGCCUCUUGUUAACUAGAUCGUACUGCAGCAAGAAAAGUACAAGGCCCCAUGUAUAUAUCGAGAGAGAGAGAGAGAGUGUUCGAUCAAAUACAUAUCUUAUUAUAUAUGUGAUAAAAAGAUGAAAAUAUUACUGUAAAAUAAUGCUCUUCCAGGAAAGUCGAAUAAAAAGAAGUGGUACAGUCUAAGACCAUGCAACAAGUGGGAGGGGGAGUUGAGGUUACAAAAAUGAAGGAUAUAAACACGGUUAUUCUAGCACAGAAAUAAAGAAGGCAGUGCAGGUGAGAUGUGAAAGCCAAAUAAUGUUGUGAGGCAGUGUGGUUGUAUUAAAAUGAUGGAGGGAACUAGAUCAGUGAAAUAAUGGGUAAAGAUUGGGGAGACUACCCACAAAGAAGGUUAGAAUGGUAAAGGGAGGUGCUAAAUAGAGAUGAGGGAAACUAUAAAACCAAUAAUUGUGGCGCUCCCUCCCUGCUGAAAUGGGGCAAGCAACACGCACAAGAAACUGACUCCCCUUGCCUUUCUUCACUGUUCCUAAGCAUUUGUAUGAAAAUAAAUCCACCAUAAUGCCACAGCUUCUUUGAAUUUGAGUUUGAAAAAUUGUCUCAAAACGACCUGAAUAGGCAAUAUAUAUAGUUGGUUGAUGCGAGGCAAUUCAUAUCCCAAGAUAGACCCCCAUGUCGCUUACCUCACAUCAGCAGGGAGCGCCACAAUUGAUGGGCUGGAAAGGAAAGCAAAUUCAUACGGCAAAAUGAAUGAAUCAAUCAUACACACCCUUUUAAGCUUGAAAAUGAAAACUGUUUGCCUGAAUCUCCAUGGGUAGUGAGUCAUCAUUUGGCAUCAUUGACUGUUGUAUUCAUAGUAUUUUGUCAGGAUAUCACCGACUCAUUUCAAUGGCCAAUGUUUUCUCUUUUAACUUGUAUAUUUAUUCUCUUUUUACUUUUGAUGUUAUGCUUUUAGCUUUUUUAUACCUGAGGCCAUUACCACUGCAUCCUAAGUCUACUGGAUGUAUGUUAGAUGAUGGUAUUAAUAUUUUUUUUGUAUGCACAUAUAUUAUAUACUGUUAUGUCAGCAAGCAUGGUCUGUUUGCAUUCUUUGGAGAUUGGCCUGCAGAUGUUCAGUAAAUGCAGGAGACAAAGGAUCGCUUGGUCAGGGUACUAGGAUGGUCACAAAUACUUGGCACCUUGUGUCUAUCUUGUUUUGUGCUGUUACGCAACUGAUCUCUUGUGUGCAUUCUCAUAUUCAUGGAUACCUUGCUUGCUUAUGAGAAUGGUAUCCAGAGAAGCCUGAGUAUUCUUGCAUGGAAGUAUGUCACACACACACACACACACACACACACACACACACACACACACACACACACACACAAUAAUUCUAUCAGGCUGUGUAACAUAAUUGCAUCAUGUUAAUAAGUACUUACAUAAAAAUUCCCUUAAUUAACUAAUGUUGAAUAGAAUUGUGAAGAAAAAAAUCAAUUCUGAACCUGUUUUAAGUGUGAUCUGUUUUGUCUUUCUAUCAUUAUUAUAUAUAUUUUUUGGAUAUGUACAUUUACUACAAAAGUUAAUGUGAAAUUUAUCUGUUGUUUGGAGUGUAGAUAAUAGGUAGUUGUUUUGCACACAAGUGAGUCUAAAACAUGUAACAAAGCACUCAAGUUUUGUAGAAGAUAUUUUGCCACCCAGUAGGUUAGAUGGCAUAGAUACUACUUGGUAGUCAUUUGUGUAAUCAGUUUGUAAAAUAAUAGUCUUGUGAAAGCUUUAUCCAACACCUUUAUCAUUAAAAUAGUAUAAUUUUGUUGAGGUAAGCAGCUCUGGGGCAUUUGUAAAUGUGAAACAUUGGUGUGCCAGGGCCAUGUAUGACUUGUUCAAACAGACAUUGAGAGAUUUUGUUGGGUGCAUAAAAGUGACUGCUGAAGUAACACAACACCUUGCUAGUGAUGGUAGGGAUGAUGUUCUCUAUGAUGGGCAGUGUAUUGUAACACUGCCUGUGUAAGAUAUGAUGGGACUGCAAAGCUUUUCUCUGAAACCAUAUAUUUGGAAAAGAAGUAGAAAGGUUCUGUCUUUGCCAAAUGAAAAAAAAAAAGAAAAAAAAAAAAAAAGAUGCAAGUACAAUGCUGAUAACGGUAUUUACAGAAAGGUCUUUUGAGAUUUUAUAUUCUUAAGAUGAUGGUGCCAUGUUUCAGAUCCUGAGAGUUGAUAAAUCGCUGCUGGUAAAUUUUAGAGUGAGGCAAGGUUGUGUUAUCACCAUGGUUGUUGAAUGGAUAUAUG